AUGUUUGGUCUUGAACCACGACCUAUAGUCAGGGAGUGGAGCUUGGAGGACUUUCUGAAGCAUCACCCGGCGAAGUUUGACGGCAAGACUAGUCUUGACACCGCAGAUCAAUGGCUGAAGGACCUGAAGCGCAUCUAUGAUGCAAAGAUGUAUCCCGCGGAGAACAGACUAGCAUUCUCCGUGUAUAUGCUCACAGGGGAGGCGGAGCAUUGGUGGAUAAGCACCAAAUCCAUCCUGGAGGAGAGAGGGGAGCCAGUGACCAUCCGGUUCGCCAAGGAGGUGGAAUUCCUCCAGUUGACCAAGGGAGGGAAGACCGUGACAGAAUCUGCUAAGAGAUUCAAGCACCUUAGUCGUUUCUACACUUUACCACUUGACGAGGAGUGGCAAUGUAGGAAGUUCAAGAAUUGUCUCUGCGGUGAUAUCCGCUUGAUGGUAGCUCCCUUGUUCAUCAAGGACUUUGCUGCCCUGGUAGAGAAGGCCAGGGUGAUGGAAAAGAUGAAACGGGAAGUGGAAGGCCAGCACCUAUAG